GCAACUUUUGCAGAAGGGGGAGUGUGUGAUCCAGCGACAUCUCGGGGUCCGGGCGGCUGCUGUUGCUGCUGCUGCUGCUGCAGGGGGAGGGGAAAGAGCCGGAGCGAGCCCUGCUUCUGCCGCUGCUGGAGAAACGGCCAGCAGCGUGUGGGGGAGCAGGAGGGCGAUAAAGCAGCUUGCACUCUGGGCUUCACCUUGCAACCGCUCGCUUGAGCCAGCCAAGGUGUGCAAGCAGUCGGUGGGAGCCAAGACAAAAAAGACCAAAAAAAAAAAAAAAAAGCAACAACCGAAGCAACACAAGCAAACGGCAACAGCAACCAUUGCAAACGCAAGGCUACCAAGAAACUCAAGAGAAACAAUAAACCCCCACCAUGGUCCAGCAAGCGGAAAGUCCAGAAGCGGAGAGCAACCUGCCCAGAGAAGCGAUGGAUACGGAAGAAGGGGAGUUCAUGGCAUGCAGCCCAGUAGCGCUAGACGAGAGCGAUCCGGACUGGUGCAAAACGGCUUCGGGCCACAUCAAGAGACCGAUGAACGCGUUCAUGGUGUGGUCUAAGAUCGAGCGGAGAAAAAUCAUGGAGCAGUCGCCGGACAUGCACAACGCGGAGAUCUCCAAGCGCCUGGGCAAGCGGUGGAAAAUGCUCAAGGACAGCGAGAAGAUCCCUUUCAUCCGGGAGGCGGAGAGGCUGCGCCUCAAACACAUGGCCGAUUACCCCGAUUACAAAUACAGGCCGAGGAAAAAGCCCAAAAUAGACCCAUCAGCCAAGCCCAGUGCCAACCACAGCCCGGAGAAAAACACACCCACCGCGACCGGCGGCGGCGGAGGCAGCAACAACGGCGGCGGCGGCGGCGGCGGCAGCAGCAAGAGCGCUAAAAGCUCCAGUAAGAAAUGUAGCAAAGGGAAGUCGACGUCCUCCUCAUCUUCGUCCUCGUCUCCCCCCAAGCCCGGGACGAAGCUGGCUCCCCACCCGGGGGACUACGGGGGAGAGGAUUACCACCACUUCGGAGCGCUGAAAGUGAGCAGCAAAACUGUCAAGUGCGUCUUCCUGGACGAGGAAGAGGAGGAGGACGAAGACGACGACGACCUGCAGCUGCGGAUCAAGCAGGAGGAUGACGAGGAGGAGGAAGACGACGAGCACCACCAGCAGCAGCAACAGCAGCAGCAGCAGUUGAGGCGGUACAACGUAGCCAAAGUCCCGGCCAGUCCCACCUUGAGCUCCUCGGCGGAGUCCACCGAAGGGGCGAGCCUGUAUGAGGAGAUGAGGGGCGGCGCUGCCCACGCCAACAGACUCUACUACGGCUUCAAGAGCAUGCCCAAGAGUGCCCAGCAGCCCAGCCUGUCCCCGGCUUCCUCCAGGUCCAUCUCCACCUCCUCCUCCUCCUCCUCCUCUUCUUCCAGCAGCAGCAGCGAAGAGGCGGACGAUCUGAUGUUUGAUUUGAGCUUGAAUUUCUCCCAGCACACCCACGCCGCCUCGGAGCUGGGCGUGAGCUCAGCUUCAGGGAACCUGUCCCUCUCCCUCGUGGAUAAGGAUUUGGAUUCGUUCAGCGAGGGCAGCUUGGGCUCUCACUUCGAAUUCCCCGAUUACUGCACCCCGGAGCUGAGUGAAAUGAUCGCAGGCGACUGGCUGGAGGCGAACUUUUCCGACUUGGUCUUCACUUACUGAGAGAGCGAGAGAAAGUAGGGGUGGGGGGGAAGCAACGGGCAGGCGAACAAGCGGAGAAAGAGAGAUCAAAAGGACUGGGCGGGGGGGGUGGAAUCGGUAAAGGAAAGAUGAUGCUAGUGAUUAAAAGUGGUGGAGUUUUGAAGUGAAGUAAAUUAAUGAUCAAAUGUCUUGGGUUUUUCUUUGGGUUUUUUUUUUUAAUUAUUAUUUUGUUUUAUUUUUAAGUCUUGAAAUUAGUUCCAAAUCGAGUCCGGAGUUGUGAUUUCUUUUUUCCUUCUGGUCUUUUAAAUUUUUUUCCGCUAAAAUUGGUGAUCGCAACAACAGCAACAAGGAGCAAAGGCAAAUGGGACUGGGGGUUAAAAGAUACAGAAGGCGCUGUUUGAAGCUUGUCGGUCUUGUGAUUGAAGUCUGGAAGAUGGUCUGCAAAAAAAAAAAGUCUUUUGGCAGCACAACUGUUACUCAAGGGGGUUUGUGGAUUUUUGUUUCUCCGACAGAGGUUUUAAAGGACCGUUCCAAUUUUUUUUCCUCGUAAAAGGGACCAUUGCAACUUUUUGUUUGUUUGGAGGGAGAAAACUGAUGUCUUCUAUGCAUCCGAUUCUUAACAAAGCUGCAGGGAGCUUGAAAAAAAAUGCAGACUGUACAAACGCAUACAAAAAACAAAAACUGUGAACUGACUUAAGAUCAGAGUUUACUUUUCAGAUCAAAUUGUUUAUGGUUUUGCAAAUGUGAUUUCUACUUGCCAACUUUUUUUUUGUAACUUGUUCCCUUAUACCUCCUUGAUUGAAUACCAGACAGCCUAGACCUCAGUACACAAAGGUAUUGAAACAUUUUUGAUACAUAACAGACCUCAGUCUUUUUAAAAAAUUAAUAUAUUUUCAGGCGUAUUUUUGUACAGUGAAAGGGAACAUUCUUGCUGUGUUUUUUCAGUAAGACUUUUCAGGCACUUCUUCCCUUUUAUUUUUAUUUUUUAUUUUUUCUUCUGUUUUUAGCAUGCAAGUUAUGGGUACGUUUAUGUCCUGGUUUUUAAAGGAUUAAAAAAAUCCUUGCAUCUAAAGGCCUUGUGGUUUAAAAAAAAAUGAAACAAACACUUUUUUGUACAGCUAUAGUGCAGAUUUGUUCAAUAUUUGUAGGUAAAGAUUUAUUGAAAAUGGUGAUAUAGACCUCAGAGCUGUUAUCUUAGUUUAAAAGAUUGUAUAUGUACUGUACUAUAGUAGGAAUUUAUGUAUCUCAUACGCUGUGAUAUGUGGAUGGGGGCCCAGAUGGAAGGUAUGAAACUGGAUUCUCUCUUCUUUUUAAAAAACAAAAAAUAAAAGGAAUGGGGAAAAGAAAGGCACAUAGUAAAAGAAAAAAGUUUCUCAUUUUGUGCAAUAUAAUUCUUUAAAGUACAGACCAUCUGCGUAUUUUGUAGCAAACGAUGGCAAAAAACAGACUUGUGCACUGUCAACAUCAUUGCCUGUUUUUUUUUAAAUGCUGAAAGUCUGUAUCUUGACAAUUUUAAUAAAUCAGCUGGAACUGAUAGAAACUCGAUUCCUAUUAGUGUCUGUAGAAGUAAUGCUGGUGGAGAUGCCAUGUAGCCAAACCUCACCCAUGGAGGAGCCUUAGCUGAGACUAAGUGCAUAGCUGGGGGAGGGAGAGAAGGGAGGGUUAAGGUGAAAUAGAUUUAAAAGGGCUGAUCUUAUUCUUUUAUACCUCCUUCCUUUUCUGCUUCCUCUCCCACUUUCUAAUCUGCUCUUAAUCACUCCAUCGCCUCCACCUUGAAUUCCCCCACCCCAGGUAAGCUAGAGGCGGUGGGCUGGGUAAGGGGGUGGGCGAUGCAGGAAGGUUAACCCUGAACAAGGCUGUAGAAAAAUGGCGGGAUAAGAGGUGAAGGGUCCUCGAUUCAGUACGUGUUUUAGCGCGGUGUGCUCUUGUGUGUGCAUAUGGCUGUGUCUGAGGGGCAGGUACCAAGCCAGAGAGGAUGCUAUGCAGGGAGGGCGUUUCAGCAAUGAGAGGACUGUUGGAGCUUCGGCUAGGGGUGGGUAAUCUUGCGCUGCCGUUUUGGGGGUGGGUCACCUUCAGGCUUGGGCUGUGUGUGUGCUUGUGCGCGCGCGGCCGAGGCGAGAGGUUUAUUCAAGAGUCUUACAGGGGCUGGGUUCUUCCUACUGCCCCCCUGCCGAAGCUCCUCCCCGCAAGCUUUCUCUUGGAAAAGGAUGCUCUCUAGGGAAGGGGCAUCUCUCUUUCCCUCCCUCACCGCUUUCUGUGUGUCGAGGAGGGAACAGCGUCGCGCUCUCCUUGGCCGUGGAAAAAAAAAAGGGGGGAGGGAGGCUGUCUCUUGCACGCAGCCUUCGGUCGCCAUCAGGUUCGCUCUGUGCGGAGGGGUGUGUCUUGACCAUGUGUGGCAGGCGCUGAGUUCGCUUGGAAUGUUGCUGCUGCUGCUGCGGCCCGCCUCAGGAGCGCGCGGCUGAGGGGGGACGGCAGGGGGUUGGCCGCGCGGGGGAGGGACUCUCGGGUCGUGCUGGCUAUUUAGAGCAUAGUCUGAAAUGAGCAUAGCGAGAAGAAAAUGUGCUAUGGGGGACUGGGAGGCGCGCGAGGCAACUGACAUGUGUGCUUGUUUUGUGCUUAAGAAGAAGAAGAAGAAGAAUCUUGGUGAGACCAUUUUUGGUGUGGAAGAGUGAGCGCGCCAUUGGCACCCGUCUCCUUCCGUUCUCCACACACUCACCCAGCAGCCGCCGCCAGCUUAUCCCACGGCUGGGGCUGUUCCCCUCCUCCCUCCCCCUUCCAGAGCAGCAGCAGGAAAAGCGCGCGGGUCCCCGAGAAUCGAAGAGGGCGUGUUGCGUGUGGGGGGGAGGGGAUGAGUCUAAGCCUGGAGACAGCAGCCUGAGCAUCCAUCUUCCCUCCGCUCUCUCUUGGAUGCGUGAAGGGAGGCACCUUUUCUUCUUAACAGGAGGAGGGUUGCUGAUGGCUUGUCUUAUUUUUCACUCAGGCAGCUGGCCUCUCUUCCACCCCCACCCGCCCCAGCUCCAUUUCAUUCAGGAGCCUUUCUGUUGGUUAUCAUUAAACAGACUGCCGAGGGGUGUGUCUGUCUUAUAAGCAACUUGGAUAGCGUGUUUUACUUCCAGCGCUUUAGUGUGCUUUUUUUUAAAAAAUGCAGUUUUAUGUGUUGAACACAACUGGUAGACACCUUUUGAGUGCAGUUGCUUCCAUGCAGUGGCUCUCCUUUCUUCUUCAUUAGCUUGGGCAGGACCUCUGUAGCCCCAAAAGUUGCUCUGGAGAGAAUGUUAUUUGCAUCUCUAUUGCCUUAUUACACUGCUUCAUCAGCUCCAGAGCAACAGGGAGUUGCUUUACCAAUGAGACAUGCUCCAGUUCUCUUUCUAUGAGACCAUGGACCAUAACUGUGUCACAAGCAGGGGAUCUAUGAGCUUCUGCAGAUUUUUUUUUUUUUAAGCUUCAUGCCAUCAUAUUUCUGUCUUAAACUUUGGAAAACAAAAUCUAAUGAUGGUACUACUAUGUGCAUGUUGUUAGGCAGAAGUGUAAGCUUUUUUGAGGAUGGGGCAUAACUCAGUGGUAUAGGGACACAGAAGGGCCUUGGUAAAAUUCCUAGCAUCUCCAGGUAGGACUGGAGCUUUCUGUCAGCAGCCCAGAAAGCUGCUUCUAGGCAGCAUAGACAACACUGACCUAGAUGGUCUGACUAACAAGGCAGCUUCACCUGUAUACAUGGUGGCAGGCAUUCCCACCAAUAAAGUACUUCCACAGUUGUCAAUACAGUGAAUUAUCCUUCUGAUUUUUCCAAAAUCACCAACUCUCACCAUGUUUAUUCACCCUUAAAAGUUUUCAAUGAGACGUACUUCCAAAAAUUUUAACUUUAUGAGUAAGUUAAAAUCUGUAGGACCUAACUUUUGACUAAAUAUGGUCAACUGGGCUGUUGGUAAUUUAUAAGGACAAUUUGCUGUGUUGGUGACUUUGGGAAUGAAUAACAGCUCUACGACUUCAGACUGGCUGAAAAUGAAGAGUCCUGCAUACACAUCUGUAUGGCAUAAAUAAAACAUUUUAUAUCUGCAAAAUGUUACAUUUGAUCAAAAUAUAAUCUUUGACAUCUGAGUUGUGAAAGAGCUCUUUUUUAGCUUAACAGUUGAUUGAACUGUUAGUAAAAGACCUAUUCGUCCUAAAUGGGGUGGGGGGGGAAGCUUUGUCUAAAACUUGGAUUGAAAUAAUAUAGCAUAUCUAGAAACUUCGUGUCUUGCAUUGUGUUAAGCCUUUAUGAGAAACUGUGUUUUAGGACAACACCUAGUACAAUAUACUAAAAGUACCUUUGGCUAUGGAUAGACUUCAAUAAAAUAGAUAUUCUUGAAUUUUGAGGUUUUGGUCUCAAAUUAUUGUGUUUAAUGACUUAAAAUUAGUUUUAAGUGCCAAAGCAGAGACUUUGAUGUACAAUUUAGCCUUUAGGUCUCUUGGAGUUGAGCACUGUCAAGUUUAUAGACUAGCUGUGAUAACAUGUGUUGAUCAAACUCUACUCAUUUAAAACUGAGCCAAUUGUUUUUGUUUUUAAGCUAUCAUAAGCUCAUUGAUGGAGAUGAUCUCCCUGUCCCUUUUUCUCACGUGCAUCCUUGUUUAUGAAAAUGAUGGUCAGUGGAACAGAUGUGUGCAGAUGUUUGGUAAGCUAUGCACCCACUGCAAUCAAAUUACAGGGUGGACUGGGUGGAUGGCAGAAGCUAUGCAAGUGUCUGUCUCUACUCCUUAGUUUGUGGAUAUACAAAUUUAUCUAAUUGAUCGUAAUGUGAAACAUUACGACUGAAUAUACAUCUACAUUAGUUGGCAUUGUGGGUGGGUUAGGAAUAACUUUUCCAAAGGAGUGUCUGAACUUUGUCUUGUAUAGUUUUGGGGAAGAGACUGCACAAUACUAUAUAAGAUUUCAGUGAAUGUGCAAUAUACAAGGAAAUAGAACUUGCAUUUUGUCUGGAAAGCUUUUAAAUUUUAUUCAUUUGAUGGCUAGCUUUUUCUACACUUCCCUUAUUCUAUACUAGGGAAGAGAGUUAUUCAGUCUGUCAAGCCACUUUAGGCUUAGUUUUUUUCUUCUGUUUACAUCCAUGCCAAAAUGCCCAUUAUCAGAAACUGCAAAGCAAUCCUACUACAGUCAGGAAACCUCAUAUUGUUUUCCAAUAUGAGUUUUCCAGUUACUUUCCAGUUCCAGAACUUCAACCCUAAGCACACUUACUAGGGAGUCAAAAUCAUUGAAUUCAGUGGAUGUGACUUCUGAGUAAACAAGCUUAGGAUUAUGUUGCAUGUUUACUUCCAAAUACACAUUUUAGUUCUUCCUUGUAAGUGUACAAGUGUACAUUUUGCAGACUACUCUCCUUUAAAAAGUGUUUGUUUUAGACACACUAACUCCCCUUGGCUGUAGUGUGUUCUCUCUCUCUCUCUCGUUCCUCAGCACUUUUGUUCUCUGUGGGUGAGGAUAUGUAUAAUUGCAGGGCAUAAAACAAAAUGUUUUAAAUGAUUGUCAACUUCUUGAUGAAUGAACAUUUCUUGACCUAUAGUAUAAUAUUUCAAAAAGCAACCUAAGAUGUUUUUUAAAGACACUUUUUGGAAGAUGAAAUCCAGUUUGUAUCUUUCCUUCUGGCUACUUCCUCUAAUGUUUGAAAAUCUAAUUCACAAAAAUGUUUAAUUCUUUAAGGGCAAUAUAUAUGACAGAUUAAAUAGAAAGAUUGAUUAAAAAUGUCUUUUAAAAUUGUAUUUACUCUAAAUAUAGAUGUCCAUACAUGCAAAAGGUAACUUUUUCCUAGUGUAGUGUCUACAGAAAGUGAUUUGAACUAUGAGGCUUUAAUGGCCAUUCAUGCCAAUGUAAAUUGGUUAUAAAACUUAUAGUUAGACCAAUCUCUGUUGAAUGUGAAGUAAGAAUCAGACACUAUAGACUUAAUUUAGUCUUUGGUAGUCUACUCUAGCAGAACUUUGUUCUAUAUCUCCACCUUUUGACACACAUUCCUAUUCUAUGGCCUGGUAAGAUCCUGAUCCUGCACUUCUUAGAAAAACAUUGAGUUUGAUUUGUAUUUUUCAAAGUUUUAAAAUUGUGGGCCUUGAUUCUCCAAUAGGUUGAAAACUUAGUUCUCUUCUCACAGUCCCACCCUUAAAUCUUCAGUAGUUACAAGAGCUAGAGAGAAAUUCCAUAUGUUAAUCUACCUUUGUAGUUCACCAGUUUUUUGAAUCCCACUCUCUCUUUCUCUCUCUUUACUACCACAUUGUAAGUUGUGGGGAUUUUUCUUUCCACACACUACCUAUAGCAAUUAACUGCCUAAUUGAUUUUUACCCACCCUUCAUGGAUGCAGUGAAUUUUUAAGAGAAUUUCACAAGCAAGUAGUUUUUUAGUGAGUUUAAAAGUAAACAGAGUUUAAAGAACCUAUUUUUAUAUUCAGUAUAAAGCACAAAUGUGCAGAAAGUGUAGAGUGACUUACAAAAAGGGAAGUAAAAGUCCAUAAUAUUUCAUGUAUAAAAGUAAUACCUUAAUUGGGUAUUGAUCCUCCUAGAAAGACCCAAUAGUUAUGCCAGUGCAAAGAUAGGAUUAUUGCGACAUGUCCUUGGAAAUGAUGGACAGCAAUUUCACAGGAAUGACUUCUAUGAAUAUAAGCAACCUCUUAAAGCACUAUGGCCAGGAUGGGAUUGGUGGUUCUCAAGAAUGCAUAGACAACCUGGAAGUUUGAAAAAAGAGUUCGCUGUUUUUAUUAAAUCAUCAUAUCUCAUUGCUUUGGUGGAUAUAUUUUCAGAUCCAGAUUUUCCCUGACAUAAGAUAAAGGGAAUAUUCAAAUUGGCUUUCUAGUUAAUAUUCAAGAAAUCAAAAUGAACUGAUAUAACACCCACCAUGUUCUAAGUAAAUCAGGGAAAACAAACCCACUACAGCCUUUUCAACAAGGCUGGGAUUUCAUCCCUAGAAUUUUAUUUUCUGGAAAAGAGUGAUGAUGUAAUAAAUACUAACCUAGGAACUCCUAUUCUCAUAGUUUAUUUUUCUUUCUAUCUUCAUGCUUAUCUUUGAAACCAAAUUUGCCUCAACUCCUGGUAUUGCCAGGAAUGAAAGUUAGUAUGCUAUUGCCACUUCAUUUGCAAUUUCUGGUUUUUGAUCUUGUUAAAAACGUUGGCAGUUUGGAGUCUCUACAUAAUGCUGUGAUUCUUUCUUUCUUUCUUUCUUUCUUUCUUUCUUUCUUUCUUUCUUUCUUUCUUUCUGGUGGGCUGUUUUAGUUUGAAGGCCUAUUGUACCAGUGUGGGACUUUUGAUGGUUACAACAUUUGUGAGAUGUUGCAUGAUGGCCACAGGUGGAGUAAAUGGAAUGUCUUUAGAGCAGGUUUUUUUCUCAGCAUGACACUUUUAAAAAUGUGUAAUUUCAAAAUAAUAAUAAAAAGGUUUUCCAAGGCCACAUGAAAAAUAAGUUUUCAUAGCCACUCCAGGUAUAGGGAGGGGAAGAAUGCUGAAAAGUACUUUUGUCUAGUACUUUUGAAGUCUGAAUGAUGGUGGUGGGGGGGAAAGACCUUCUUCAAGGUUUUGCAUGCCAGUGCACAGGCCUAUUGCUGUGAGAAGGAGAAAAAGAAGAGAGUAAGGUUUGCUUGAGGCAAUGCACUGGAGGACAAAAGUGUUUUCUAGCACUAGGAAAAAAAGAAAAAUGCAUGGCAGAGUUUUGUCUUCUAGUAGACUAUAUAGCAUGCAGAGUUUAGUAUGUGUCAAAACAGUGUAUGACAUUGCUGUAUCAAAGUUGUAAAGUUAAGCAUUAUUUAUUGAAAACUAUGUAUUUUUUUUUUGUAAAAAUCUGAUCACCUAGAGGAUUAAUAUCAUUCACUUGUGCUAGCGCUACAUUCUUAACCAGCUUCUUUACUACAGUACUUGAUAUGCAGUGUUAAACGCUCAGGGUUGAAAAACAGUCCACUCCAAUGUCUCUUCUCUCUUUUUCUUUUUUUCUCCUUUGGGAAAGGAUUUCAAAUAAAGGAACAACUUGAUACAAUUGUUCAAAAGACUAAUAAAAGUGUGUGAUCAAUCUUUAUGUGUUUUUAAUGUGGACCCCCCUCCCUUCACCCAUUUUGUGUAUUAUAUAUAUUGAAAAAAGAGGAAAUUAUUUAAGGGCUCUGCUCUUCAUUUUGUGGGGCAACCAAAUUUUUCAGUCAUUAAACAUAUUGUGUCUUUUCAAGCAAACAUGGCUCACAGCCCUGGCCACAAUAGCCUGAGCAAAAUGCUCUUAUGUGCCGACCUGUGAUGCCCUGAAAACCAGUCAAAUUAUUUCUAUUUUACUGCUUUUACUGCUUUGGGUAAACCACAGCAAAGUAGCUUUUAGAUUCAUAAUUUCAGUCAGUGUUUUAAAGUUGAACAUGAAAUAAUGAAAUAAGUGAAGUUUCUACUCUUGGAUUAAAUACCAGCAAACUCCAUUUCUCUGUAUCUUUUUUCUACAGACAAUUUACACUGUAAAUGUAUUUUGACAUAGAAAUAAAUCAUUCUGUAUUAAGA